CGACUCGGUGGCUUCUCCGAGUAGCCGCUGCCUCCCGCGCCCAGGGACCCGGGUCCCCCUUCUGGGACCCCAAAGGCUGGGUCCCGUCCUCAGCUUCCCAGAUUCAGGGUCCCUCAGCCCUCGGUUCCCAGGACACAAGCGCGCGGGGUCUUCGCCUCCUGGAACGGGGCGACCCGGAUCUGCGGCACCGGCACCAGGCUAUCUGCUGACGGCCGCCCCCUCGGGGCACCCUCAGCCCCCCGGCAGCCAGCCGAGUUCUCCACGUGCCAGGCUGAGCAACUCCUGUGUUCCCGACUCUCGAGGUCAAGAAACUCAGGCGCUCCCAGCUCCCAGCUUCCGGGCGUCCGGCACAGCCGGGAAGAGCCGAGGAGCCCCGGCGCCCCACCUCGGGCCCUCGGACCCUCCCGCUUCCAGGAGCCAAGGGCGUUGCAAAGUUCCAGCCUCCGGGCGCUGCUGCUCCACUCUCGGCGCGGAGAAGGGACGUCCGGGGAAGGAGCCGCCGGCGCUCUCGGCUUCUGCGCCCUCGGGAGCCCCCGUGCGCCCCCAUCAUGGUGGCCGAUCCUCCGAAGGGAGACCCCAAAGGGCUCGCGGCUGUCGAGCCCACCGCCAACGGGGCCCCGGCGCAGGACCCCUUAGAGGACUCGGGCGCAGCGGUGGGCCGCUGCUGUAGCUCCCGGGACCAGGUGCGCCGCUGUCUUCGCGCCAACCUGUUGGUGCUGCUCACGGUAGUGGCCGUGGUGGCCGGCGUGGCGCUGGGGCUGGCGGUGUCCGGGGCCGGCGGCGCGCUGGCGCUGGGCCCUGCGCGCCUGAUAGCCUUCGCCUUCCCGGGCGAGCUGCUACUGCGCCUGCUGAAGAUGAUCAUCCUGCCGCUGGUGGUGUGCAGCCUGGUGGGCGGCGCCGCCAGCCUGGACCCCAGCGCGCUCGGCCGCCUGGGCGCCUGGGCGCUGCUCUUUUUCCUGGUCACCACGUUGCUCGCCUCGGCGCUCGGCGUGGGCUUGGCUUUGGCGCUGCAGCCCGGCGCCGCCUUCGCCGCCAUGAACGCCUCGCUCUCGUCCACGGGCGCUGUGGAACAAACUCCCAGCAAGCAGGUGCUGGAUUCGUUUCUGGAUCUUCUGAGAAAUAUCUUUCCCUCCAACCUGGUGUCUGCAGCCUUCCGUUCUUACUCCACCUCCUAUGAGGAAAAGAAUUUCAAUGGGACCCUGGUGAAGGUGCCCGUGGGACACGAGGAGGAAGGCAUGAAUAUUCUGGGGCUGGUGGUGUUCGCCAUCGUCUUCGGCGUGGCCCUGCGGAAGCUGGGCCCCGAGGGCGAGCCCCUCAUCCGCUUCUUCAACUCCUUCAAUGACGCCACCAUGGUGCUGGUCUCCUGGAUCAUGUGGUACGCCCCCGUGGGCAUCUUGUUCCUGGUGGCCAGCAAGAUCGUGGAGAUGGACGACGUGGGCGUGCUGUUCGCCAGCCUGGGCAAAUACAUCCUGUGCUGCCUGCUGGGCCACGCCAUCCACGGGCUCCUGGUGCUGCCGCUCAUCUACUUCCUCUUCACCCGCAAGAACCCCUACCGCUUCCUCUGGGGCAUCCUGACGCCGCUGGCCAUGGCCUUUGGGACCUCUUCCAGCUCGGCCACGCUGCCGCUGAUGAUGAAGUGCGUAGAGGAGAGGAACGGCGUGGCCAAGCACAUCAGCCGCUUCGUGCUGCCCAUCGGGGCCACGGUCAACAUGGACGGCGCGGCGCUGUUCCAGUGCGUGGCCGCCGUGUUCAUUGCGCAGCUCAACCGGCAGUCGCUGGACUUCGUGAAGAUCAUCACCAUCCUGGUCACGGCCACGGCGUCCAGCGUGGGGGCUGCCGGCAUCCCGGCGGGAGGCGUCCUCACUCUGGCCAUCAUCCUCGAAGCGGUCAGUCUCCCCGUCAGCGAGAUCUCCUUGAUCCUGGCCGUGGACUGGCUGGUGGACCGGUCCUGCACCAUCAUCAACGUGGAAGGGGACGCCUUUGGGGCCGGGCUCCUGCAGCACUACGUGGACCGCACGGAGCAGCGGGGCUCGGAGCCCGAGCUGACCCAGGUGAAGAGUGAGGUGCCCCUGGGCUCACUGCCCGCCCCCAACGAGGAGGGGAACCCCCUCCUGAGACACAGCCCGGGGGCUGCCGGGGACGCUGGCGCCUGCGAGAAGGAGUCUGUCAUGUGAAGUCCCCUGCACCGCUGGGCACUGGACACCAGGACCACAGGGAUGGGUAAACGGACACACCGGGCUCCCGGGGACGGGAGACGUGGAGGUCUCGCUGCCGGCGUGCGUGUGUGUCCCCGUGGGCCCCAGUCCCGGCCCACACCCCAGGACCACGCGCAAUUCUGGGGAAGGGUGUUCCUGGAGGCUGCUGGCCUGGGGCUGGCCGCAGCUCUGUGUGUGUGUGUGUGUGUGUGUGUGUGUGUGUUUGUCUGACCCUCCUCCCCACGGUACGUCCCAGCCCGGCCCUGGCACACACACACCCAGGAGCCCAGGCGGCCGGCCAAGGAUGCUACUGCUGCAGCCGCCACGAUUCAGCAAUAAAACCGAGUGUCGCGUGUAA